AGGUCCACAAGGAGGCUUUUUGGUGCAGAGAACAGUUGGUGCCACAUACUACUGCGUACCCAGUAAGUACUGAUUGAAUGAGUGAAAGUGAUGAGCUUAGCAACAGCUCUGCAGUACAACAGCCUUGUCACCUGGAAGUCACUGCAGGUGAGUACUGAGCACUUAGGAGUUCUGGGUUCUGAGGGAGGCCUGGCAAGUCACCUCCCUUUGGAAAAGGACAGCUAGUUAAGAGGCAGAUCAGAAUGGUGCCUAUAAAUCUUUUGCCACUUUUAGGCUGUAAUUUUUCAAAAUAAAAUGUAUUUUGCCAGAUUUGCCUCUGGCAGUAAUGCUUUUAGAAAUUUUUCUUUGGUUAACCCCCUCAAAAGUAAAACCCACAUGCUAGUCUCAAAUGCUCAGUGACAGUUGUUGGUGAGUGGAGUGAGGUGGGGUGAUCUGUUAGCAGCGAGCCAUUCCUGGUGCCCCAGCCUUAGGCUCACGACUGUGGGGCUGCGACAGAACUGCCCUGAGUCCUGCUUUGUAACUAACGGACUCGCGUCAUUUCCAGAACCUGAACUCAGAGGGGGUUUAUUUUCUUGGGUUUUCAUUCAUUGUAUUACUGUGGUGCUGGAAUUGAACAGAUACCGCAUAUCUCUAUGCCCUUUUCGUUUUUGAGCCCCCUCAUUUGCAGGGAUGGGUGACUGCGCUUGGUGGUGAGCUGCCCUGGAAAUCAGUGCCUUGAGCAGCCUCAGACCUGGAACUGGAAUGCAGGCUUCUAUACCGAUUCCUGUGCCCACCACCUCCCUGACCCCACCGUGCAGAGUCCUAACAAGCUGCUGAUGGUGCAUCUUCAGACCCCAAGUCUUAGCCUACCAUGGCCGACCAGAGACAGCGCUCCCUGUCUACCUCCGGGGAAUCGCUGUACCACGUCCUGGGCCUGGACAAGAAUGCGACCUCGGAUGACAUUAAAAAGUCCUAUCGGAAACUGGCCUUGAAGUACCACCCAGACAAGAACCCCGAUAACCCGGAGGCCGCGGAGAAGUUCAAGGAGAUCAACAGCGCCCAUGCCAUCCUGACGGACGCCACAAAGAGAAACAUCUACGACAAGUACGGCUCGCUGGGGCUGUACGUGGCCGAGCAGUUCGGGGAGGAGAACGUCAACACCUACUUCGUGCUCUCCAGCUGGUGGGCCAAGGCCCUGUUCGUCGUCUGCGGGCUCCUCACCUGCUGCUACUGCUGCUGCUGCCUGUGCUGCUGCUUCAACUGCUGCUGCGGGAAGUGCAAGCCGCGGGCGCCCGAGGGCGAGGAGCCCGAGUUCUACGUGUCCCCCGAGGACCUGGAGGCGCAGCUGCAGUCUGACGAGCGGGAGGCCACAGACACGCCAGUCGUCAUCCAGCCGGCGUCCGCCACAGAGACCACCCAGCUCACGGCCGACUCCCACCCCAGCUACCACACCGAUGGGUUCAAUUAAGUCCAGGAGGAGCUGUGAUUAGAGGAUAAGUCAGUACCCGGCCACUCAACCUUAGAAUCAUGAACUGUAGUCACAGAGAUGGGGCGGGCGCUGCCCUGGCCCUGGAGGGGCCGCGCCAGCCUGCCUCUGUGCCCGCCCGUCCGUCGACCCCCGACACGUGAAGUGCGUAGCAUGCAGUAUUUAAAGCAGUUUAGCUACGGUCUUCUUCUUCUGUUGUUUUCCUUUUUUAAUAGCAUGUGUGGGGUUAUGUUCCAUGUCUGUCUGUGUUGUGGGCGUCCUGGGGCCACGGACCACAUUCACCGGACCGGGAGCUGCCUCAGGGCUUGGUCAGGUCGUUGCUGUGGGUUGUCGGCCUCGUGGCCGAAUGGGCCCUCCGUUCCCAUGUGUUCAGGGGCCUGAGGCAGGCAGGCGCUGCCUGGCGGCGGCUGUGGACUCAGCCUCCUGCCUUCUGCUCACUGACUGUGUGACCACCAGCAGGGGCUCUGGACUCACCUGCCAGGAGGGAGCUGGGCCUACCCGCCCUGCCAACAGCACUUCCAUGGCAUCCGUAUUGAGGACAGUUUUGUGAGAUCUGGUCACCUCGUUUGUUUGGCCUUGUGGCAGGGUGCUUCCCGUUUGGGUUUGUUGUGGACAGCGUAGGAGGCUCUCCUGGUCCUGAGACCACAUUCCCUGCCCAUGUCUGACCUGAGGCCCCUGUCCUUCAAGUGUGCCCUCGCCAGGCAUGGGAAGGUUCCUGCACUUUCCAACGGCCCCGAGCUGGGUUGACAGGCCCUCCCGGCAGCCUCCACCCUCCCCUUCCCCUCAUCUCCUCCACAUUCCUUCAGGCCCCCCGGCCUUGUAUCUGUGUUUGGACCUCUAAGAACCACAGAUGGUAGCAGUGGCCCAAUACAUGGGAGGCAAAGGAGCUAAGGGUCCAGGUUGCUGGUGGUGAGGGGCUGCCCGGCCCUCCCCUCUGCGCUUUCCUUUCCUUCGCCUGCUCCCUUUGGCCAUUGGGCAGGUGGUUUAGGCAGAGCUGGAGAUAGCAGGUUGGCAGAGGAAGGACCAGCUGGACCAAAGGCACACUCUGGGCUAGAGGGUCGGGUCCCCAGGAGGCCCUGGUGCCCCUGGGCUCGGUAGCCAGCAGCCUGACCACGGAAGCCCCUCUCACUGUCUCAGUAGCACCUUUUAUGCAGUGUCAGAAGCCAGCCUUGUCUGCGUCCAGGCCUGUGGGUGGUGCCCCUGCUGGAAGGACCUGGAGACCUGGCUGCGGCGGGGUGACUCCCUGCUCGACUUGCACCGGGCACUGGAGACCCACAGUGCCCGAGUGGGCCUAGUUUCCGCAGAACGCACCUUGUGGCUACUGGGCUCCUGAAUGUCCCCUGGGGGCACAGGGAGGGGCCGCCCAAGUGCUGGUAGGACGCACCAGGACCCCUUCCCAAAGCAAUGCCUCCGUUCUCCCGCGGCCCUUGUGCUCAGAAAGCCUCUGUGUGGGGGUGCCCGGCCGGCUCGGGCAGGCGGCAGGGCUGCGGGCACUUGUUGGUACCAUGUUGUUUUGGUUUUCGCCUGUGAAAGAGACGGUGAAGACAGGCAGUGAGGGGCGAGUGUGCACUGAUGCUAACUGAGAGGUAGUCUAAAGCCAGGCCUCGCGAGAGGAAGAAGUCCACAGCUUGACCCGCCCUGAGACAGAGAGGAGGCCAGACAGUCCCAGCACUUCAGCCUGAGGUGCAGGCCCUCGUCAGCUUCCUGCUGUUUCUGGAAGUAACUUAGGAAAUGAGUUGUUUCUCCCCAGGGUGGCCAAGAGCCAAGGUCAGAGCUUGGGCUGCAGGUGGGAGCCGCCGUGCUGCUGCCUUGUGGCCAGAGGACUCAAGGCCUGUUCCACACGCCAGGGCCCCCGGCCAGGUGUCCGUCAGUCACAGAAUCUUACUGGUCAUUUCCUAGAAACGUCAGGCUUCCUUGGAGGCCAGAGUGGGAAGCCCUUCUGAAGGGGCACGUCUGGAAUUUUGUUGAGCCGAGUCCCGUGGAAUCUCUGAGAAGCUAAGUGAAUCAUGGCAGUGAUGCUGACAGUCCCCAGGUGACAGCAGUGGCAGCUCGAGGCUGGAGUCCGGGGUCUGGGCAGGUCUGGACCCCCCCCCCCCCACCACCACCACCACACACACACUCUCCUGACCCUGAAGCGUCUCCACUUUGGUGGUCGGGAGGCAGGAGCCCUUUCCAAGUUUCUACCGGAUGCACUUCCAGGCCCUCCUCUUGACCGAAGACCCAAGUCCCUGGUCAGCUUCCCUUUUCCCUGUGUGGUCCACCUGUUUGCCUGGUGCAGAGUGUUCUCUGAAAGGGCGUCCCCAUUCGUGUGCUAGGUGGGAACCACCCUCUGUCUGCUGUGGCGGAAACAGGCACUCGUUGGCCCUCACUCUCGGGCUGUCCCCUGUGGCCAGAGCUGGGUGCACCACCGGGCACCAGGGGGGUCCAGCCGCUCUGACCACCUGCGGCCUAAGGUGUGGGAGAGGCCUGCGCCACCCGAGGGCAGCUGCUGGUGUGUUGGUGUCAGUCCGCUCAGUGGUGUGGUCUUUUCUUGUCUUCCUUUGGCUUUAUUCUGUUUUCAAACUGCUUUAGUUAUUACCGCUCACACGCGAGCCUUCCUGCUUCUCUAGUCAGUCAAGCAGCCAGCACCGCUGGAACCUGGCGGUGGGAGCACACUGGGCUUGGUCACGAGGCUCCCUGAGAAGGCCCUGCCGGGACGGUCUUGCACGUUCUAACUGUGAGCGGUCUGUUCCAGGUGGGCUUGUGCCUGGGGAGAGCCCGCCGCUGCAGCUGGCGGUCCAGGGAGACGUGCAGCCUCCUCGGCACCUGGUGAGGCCACCAGUACGUGGGGCGGGCGCUGGCACGCAGGCUCUCCCUGGAGGGGCCAGGCUCUGCGUGGGCAGAGCUGGGGGGCCCGUCCGUCCUGCCCUGGCCCUCAGCAUGGCCUGCCGGGGGCUUGCGUGUGGGGUGUGGAAAGUGACCGGUCUCAUUCCUUUCUCUGUAUUCUGAGCUGUGAGCCCGUGUGACACAAGACUUCCCUGUUUGUUUUGCUAUUUGGUUGUGAAUCAUCGCCUGUGAAAUUGGCAAAAGCUCCUUCUUCCUGUCCUUUCAAGCACGGCUGGCGUCUGAGCUGUGGGUGUGGGCAGUGUGUGUACAUAUGUGUAUAUGUAUAUAGCGCAGCAGGCGUGACUGCUGCUGUCCAGGUGAAACAACAGGUGCAGUGACAGUUGGCUCCAGAACGGCCCCUGGUUUCUUGACGAGCCAGGCAGGAGCGGGUCUCGGCAAGCUCCCCACCAGGUGCUCGGAAGGAAACCAGCCUGUUGUGCGCCUGGAAUGGGGGUGGAUGGCCGGGCCGGUGCCUGAGUGUGCCAUGGCAGCCUCCCCUGCUGGUGUCUGCCUCUCCAGGUUAGGGUGCAGGGCUGCCCAGGUGGUGACUGUCUGUCACAGGGGCCACACCCAUCCCUGGGGGCCUCUGCCAUGCUCACCUGACCCAGAGGUGUGUCCCCCAUGACACUCAGAGGUGGCUGAAAACCCCUCCUUCCCUUGAAACAUUAUAACCAAUUUUCUGAGCAUCAGGUACAAUCAGUGACAAAGCUACGUUCUAAAGGGGCUUCUGUCCUGACUGCAGAUCCACCCUGGAGGGGUCCCCGGGGAGGAAGGGCUGGGCCUGGGGUCCUUCGGGCAGCAGCUCUUAGUUGAUUUUGUCCCCCUAGAAAGUGGGACGAUGUUCUGAACCAGGAAGGCAGUUUACACUGAAUGUACACGUAUGAGAAACUCCAGUGCAGGUGCAGGGACAGCAGUCGUCCGUGUGCUGGUUUCGUCCUGCUGCUGGGACCCAACCUCCACCCCGAGCCCAUGCACACCUGGGGCCGGCUCGGGGCGCGGUGGUCUCCCGUGGUGAUCGUCCCUUGUGUCUGGAUGUUGACCUGUAAUGAAGAUGACUUGUAAAAUAAAUGUUUUCACUGCA